AGGGUUACCAUGCAAGAAGCCUCCCAGCACAAUACCAAAGACGAUUGCUGGGUCGUUAUUGACUGCAAGGUAUAUGAUGUUACUUCUUAUUUGGACGAGCAUCCAGGAGGUGAUGAUGUAGUGCUCGUAGCAACAGGGAAAGACGCAACGGCUGAUUUUGAAGAUGCCGGGCACAGCGAAAGCGCAAAGGAACUCAUGCAGAGCUUUUGCAUUGGCGAACUCGAUACGUCCUCCUCCCCAAUCAUUCCAGAGCUCAAAAUUUCCUCCAAGAAGGAAACCACCGAGUACUCUCAGAAGCUCAUGGACUUGACAAAGCAGUAUUGGACUAUCCCGGUCACAAUUGUCGGCAUCUCCAUGGUGGUUGGGUUCUUAUACAUGUAUAAGAAGUAAACCAGUAU